AUGUACAAGAGAUUUGUCUUCAGCAAGAGUAGCAGCAGCAGUAACAGUAGCAUCACCACCACCACCACUACUUCCACCACCACCACCGUCACCACCACCGUUACCACCACCACAAAUAUUACAGCAGUAGCAGAAACAGCAUCAGCAGAAACAGUAGCAGCACCAGCAGAAACAGCAGCAGCAAAAGAUAAUAGUAAUUUAAUAGAAAGAAAGAAAGUCAAUAGAAAUAGCAGAAGCAGAGUAAAUACUAUCCCUAACAGCACAAAUGUUCAGAGGAUGUCCAGAGUAUGUCUUGAGGACAUCCUGAGGACGUUUCUUCAUUCUCAGAACAUCCUUAGGACGUCCAUAGGUCAACAUGUGAUCAUCCAGAUGGCACCGAGCAGGGAGAGGCAGAGGAAUAAGAAGUCGAGGUCGAGGUCGUGGAGGUGA